AUGGCUGCUCUGGCCACACUCAGCCCACCCCAACUCUCAGAUCUCACCCACACCAUCCUCUCUCACACCCACCAUCACUGCCUCCGCCUCUCCUCUCUCCUCUCCUCUCCCAUCCUCUUCUCUCUCACCCUCCACCGCCUCAACUCCCUCUCUCUCCCACACAAGACUCUCCUCAUCGCCAACCACCUCCUCUCCUCCCUCCACCACCUCACCCUCCACUUCCAACCCAACCCGCCACCGCCGCGUGUCAAGCAACGAGACCUAGACUCUGUUCUGCUGCUCCUCUUGCUCUGCGAUGUACACCAGCACAACCCAGAAGCCCUCCAAGCACCAACAUCAAAAUGGCGCGAAAUUCUGAGCAACUUGUACUCUGACGACAUGUUGACGGUGUCAGGCAUUGGGGUCUAUAAUGGGUCGGCUUUGGUUUCUUACAUUGAGGUGCUGACGAGGUGCUUGAGAUUUGUCAGUGUGAUGGGUUUUUGCUAUGGCAGGAAAAUGGGGAGAGAGGUGGCGGCGUCGCCGGCGGUGGUGGUGGCGCUGCCAUCGGUGGAGGUGAGAGGUGGGGGGAGUGAGUGUGUGAUAUGUAAAGAGGAGAUGAGAGAAAACAGAUAUGUGUGUGAAUUGCCAUGUCAGCACUUGUUUCAUUGGAUGUGUAUUUUGCGGUGGCUGAAGAAGAGGAACACUUGUCCAUGCUGUAGAUUUAGGCUUCCCACCGAUGAUGUAUUUGGGGAGAUCCAACGGCUGUUGGAGGUUUUGGUCAAGAUUGCUAAUGAAAAGGGUUUAAUCUAA